AUGAUGAACUUCAAUCGAGUCAAUCAAAUUCAUUCAAGUUUACUAGACCAGGAACUUUGGGAAACAUUAAUUCCAUCAAUUCAUCAAAUCACUCAAUCAAUCUCACUCGAUCGAUACAAUUUAGAAUUCAUUACAUUCUUAAAGUUUUAUUGGAUUUCAACUUCUCUUAAACACCAUCAAACGACUUUCGGUUCAAAACUUUCAAACUUGAAAUUCAAUCCAUCAUCAUCCAAUCAUCAUACUCAAUACAAAUCAACAAAUCAAAGCCUUGGUUCACAUCAACUUUCAAUCUAUAUCAUCUUAAAGAUCUUACCUUCUUAUUUAAAUUCAAGAUUACGUGAUUAUAUGUUAUCAUCCUCAUGGUCAGAUUAUACAUCAACACCAAACUUAUCUUCAUUAUUUUCAUCAUCAACUCAUCCUUCAAUUCGGAAAAAAUAUUGGUUUAGAUUCAUUUGGGAUACUUAUAAUCUUUUAGAUCAAAUCGAUUCAAGUGCAAAAUUCAUUAAUUUUUCAAUCUUCUUAUAUAAUGGUCAAUAUAGAUCUUUGAUGGAAAGAUUACUUAAGAUUCAAUGGGUUUCUUCUAAUUCGAUCAAUUCGAAUCAAACUCUUAGUUUUGAAUACUUAAAUCGUCAAUUAGUUUGGGAAUCCAUCACAGACUUUAUUAUCUUCAUCUUACCAUUUAUAAAUCUCAAAAGAACCAAACUAAGGAUCCUUCAAAUCCAAUCCAAGCUUUCCAAAUUCCUAAAAUCCAACCUAUCUCUCCGACCAAACCCAAACCCAACCCCAACACCGACUUCAUCUCUCACAAACCCAAACCAAGUAUCUAAACCCAAACAAACACCAUACCAAUCUUUACCCAAAACAACAUGUCCGAUUUGUAUUUCUAAUUCGACUCAUCAAAACCCAUUUAACAAUCCGAAUCAUCAAGUUCAUCAAUCAUUCCAACCUAAUUCAUUAAAUUUGAUUCAAACUGUCGAAUGUCAAGUGAAAGUACCUUAUGUUGUGGAUUGUUGUGAUGGUCUUUAUUGUUAUUCUUGUUUAAUUAAUUCGAUUUUGAAACAUAGAUCUUCACAUUUAAAUCAGAAUUGGGAAUGUUGGAGGUGUGGUGAGAUUGUGAAAAGUUUAAAAAGGUUUCAUCCUUAA